AUGCAUCUCCUCGGCCACAACCUCCUAGACCACAAGCCCCUCAAGAUCGCUCUCUUGACCUUCUACGGCAUCUCCCACAAAGUCUCUGCCCGUCUCCUCCCCCGCCUCGGUAUCCACUCCGAAGCCCUCGUCAACCAACUCACAGAACCCCAACUCACCUCCCUCUCUGCCUACCUCUCUUCCCCUUCCACCACCGCGCGCCCCUCGGACCAGAAACUCGAGCUCGCCCCUCCAGGAGGCUUGGCCCUCAAGCCGGUCGGACACCCGGGGAUCUUUGGAGGGUUGGACAAGGGCAAGGGGAGACAGGAAGAUCCGCUGGAUGAGCUGAAGAUUGAGACGGAGAAGAGAAGGGCGAUGCAGGCGGAUAUUGCGCAUUUGAGAAUGGUCGGGACGUAUCGUGGUCGACGACAUGCUGCUGGAUACCCCGUACAUGGGCAAAGAACCCAGACCAACGCCAAGACGGCAAAGAAACACAACAGGGUGGAACGCCGAAACAUGGGAACCUUUGCUUUCGAGAAAUUCACUCCCGAAGACCUUCCUACACCACCCACCAUCCUCUCUUUACUAGGGCGCAGGCCAUAG